AUGAUUAAGACUGAAGUAUUAUCACCGGAAAUAGCAGCAUAUCCUAUAAGUUCAUCAGAAAAUAGUCUUAUAUCUUUUGAUGCUAAUGAUAUUAUUGAAUUUGGUCCAAUUAAAGUCAAACGACGUAAAAAACCAGCACCUACAUUAGCUACUGGUCGACGGUCAAAAUAUGAAAUAUUAAGUCCAGAAGAAGAACACAAACGUGAUAUAAGACGAGCACGUAAUCGUGUAGCUGCUGAACGUGUACGCGUAAGUCGAUUAUGUGUUGAACAACAAUUACAAGGUCAAAUAGAUGCGUUACAAGAACAAGAACAAAAAUUAUUAAAUCAUAUAGAAAUUCUUCAAUCCCAAAAGCUAAAUUUAGAAACACGAGUUUUUACACAUGAAAAACUGUGUCCUAUUAGAUCAUUAUCGAAUGCACAAGAUCAUCUCACAUCUACUUUUAUCUCAAAUAGUGUUCCAAUAUCAACAACAAUUCAACAAAUAGAACAAACAUCUGAACCUUAUUUUGAGGACUUAUUUCCUAAUUCAACACCUCUUGUACAAACCCAGCCAAAUAAUUAUUCGAAUUCAUUAACAACUACAGUGUCCGGUGAUGAUUUCGAUAUGUUUUUCAUGGAUCUGUAA